UUGCGGAGAGACUGGCAGGUCGUGGGAAUGGUCAGUGAGAAGCGGCGCCUGCAGUCAGGGCUUGUUCAGUGCCGGGGUGCGUCGGGCUCCUUCUCUUUUCUUGUCGACUUGGUGCCCCCGUUGCCCUCAACCCUCCUGCACCCCGGGUCUGGGUGCGCGGUUUCUUCAUUCUCGGAAAGGCCGGCCGGACUGGGCCGAGUAGACCAGUGGAAUCUUGUCUGUGUGCAGGACCGAAGCCAGACGCUCAGUGCAGCAGCCCCGAGCCAGCUAAGCCUGCCGCGCAGGGUCGGGGGGCUACGAGCCAGGUUGGUAAUUGCAGUGCUCCUGGGCAGGACCCUGGUCAACUAAUCCUCAGGGAUGGCAGCCAUCAACGGAUGGCCCUCCUGGGGUCCCCUCAUGGACCAGUCUUGGGAGAUGGCAGCUGCUGGUCCCUCUGCCUCCUGGGCCCUGUGCCCUCAGGUUGCAGCAUGGUCCAUACAGGGAAGCCCUGAGGAGGAGGGAAGAAGGACAGCUGUUCUUCCAACAGCUCAAGUCCAGGUUGGAGCUUUCAGGACUCUUGAUGAGCACAUUUUUGCUGUGCCAGGCUGUUCUAGAACUCAUUACAUAGACCACGCUGGCCUCAAACGCACAGAGAUCCAUUUACCUCUGCCUCUGGAAAGUGCUAAAGAACCAGUGACUUUCAAAGAUGUGGCUGUGGCCUUCACCCAAGAAGAAUGGGGGCAGCUGGACCUUGUUCAGAGGACUCUGUACCGUGACGUGAUGCUGGAGACCUAUGGACACCUACUGUGUGUGGGGAAUCAGAUUGCUAAGCCUGAAGUCAUCUCCCUGUUGGAACAAGGAGAAGAGCCAUGGUCAGUGGAGCAAGCAUAUCCUCAAAGCACUUGUCCAGAGUCGAUGAGAAAUGUUGAAAGCAAAGCAUUGAUUCCAGUUCAGAGUGGUUUUGAGGAAGAACAAUCCAAUGAAAUCACACUAGAAAGAUACAUAUGGGAUGAUACUUGCCUCUCCAAGCUAGGAGUUUUGGGAUGUGAAAACCAAUUAGAAAUGUAUCACAUGAACCGGAGUACAGGUAUGAGGCAAAUGGUUUUCAUGCAAAAACAAGUACUUUCUCAACGAGGUUCUGAAUUCUGUGAAGUUGGUACAGCGUACAGCCAAAGCUUAAACUUGAUUCCAUCUCAGAGAGUUUCUCAAUUAGAACAUUUCUAUAAACCUGAUUCACAUCUUGAAAGUUGGAGCUGUAAUUCAGCUAUAAUGUAUGCAGAUAAGGUUACUUGUGAAAAUAAUGAUUAUGACAAAACCUUCUGCCAGGCUAUUCAGCCUGUUUAUCCUGCAAAAAUGCAAACUGGAGAUAACCUGUUCAAAUGUACUGAUGCUGUGAAGUCUUUCAAUCAUAGUAUACAUUUUGGUGACCAUAAAGCAGUGCAUACAGGAGAAAAACUCUAUGAAUAUAAGGAAUGCCAUCAAAUCUUUAACCAGGGACCAUCACUCAAUGAACACCCAAGACUUCAAAUUGGAGGAAACCAGUAUGACUAUAAAGAAUAUGAGAAUAUCUUUUAUUUCUCAUCUUUUAUGGAACAUCAAAAAGUCAGUACUGUAGAAAAAGCAUGUAAAUACAAUGAAUGGGAGAAAAUCUUUGGGUAUGACUCAUUACUUGCUCAACAUACAAGCACAUAUACUACAGAGAAACCCUAUGAAUAUAACAAAUGUGGAGCAUCUUUUAUCUGGAGCUCUUACCUUAUUCAGAAUAAGAAAACUCAUACUGGAGAGAAACCCUAUGAAUGUGAUAAAUGUGGAAAAGUUUUUAGGAAUCGUUCAGCCCUUACUAAACAUGAACGGACUCACGCUGGAAUAAAACCCUAUGAAUGUAACAAAUGUGGGAAAGCCUUCAGUUGGAAUUCUCAUCUUAUUGUACACACAAGAAUCCACACAGGAGAAAAACCUUAUGUAUGUAAUGAAUGUGGGAAGUCUUUCAACUGGAACUCUCAUCUUAUUGGACAUCAGAGAACUCAUACUGGAGAGAAACCUUUUGAGUGUACUGAAUGUGGAAAAUCUUUUAGCUGGAGUUCCCAUCUUAUUGCCCACAUGCGAAUGCAUACUGGAGAGAAACCCUUUAAAUGUGAUGAAUGUGAAAAAGCUUUUAGGGAUUAUUCAGCUCUUAGUAAACAUGAAAGAACUCACUCUGGAGCAAAACCAUAUAAAUGUACUGAGUGUGGAAAGUCCUUCAGUUGGAGUUCCCAUCUCAUUGCUCACCAGAGAACUCACACAGGAGAGAAACCUUAUAAUUGUCAAGAAUGUGGCAAAGCUUUCAGAGAACGCUCAGCCCUUACUAAACAUGAAAUUAUUCAUUCUGGGAUUAAGCCCUAUGAAUGUAAUAAAUGUGGAAAAUCCUGUAGCCAGAUGGCUCAUCUUGUUAGGCACCAAAGGACUCAUACUGGAGAAAAACCCUAUGAAUGUAAUAAAUGUGGAAAAUCCUUCAGUCAGAGCUGUCACCUUGUUGCUCAUCGGAGAAUUCACACUGGAGAGAAACCCUAUAAAUGUAAUCAAUGUGAAAGAUCCUUUAAUUGUAGCUCUCACCUUAUUGCACACCGGAGAACUCAUACUGGAGAGAAACCAUACAGGUGUAAUGAGUGUGGGAAGGCAUUUAAUGAGAGUUCUUCCCUUAUUGUACACUUGAGAAACCACACUGGAGAGAAACCCUACAAAUGUAAACAUUGUGAAAAAGCUUUUUGUAAGAAUUCGUCCCUGAUUAUCCAUCAGAGAAUGCAUAGUGGGGAGAAACGCUUUAUAUGCAGUCAGUGUGGAAGAGCCUUUAGUGGUCACUCGGCUUUACUUCAACAUCAGAGAAAUCAUAGUGAAGAGAAACUGUAACUGAAUUGGCCACAGACUUUUUUUUUAUUGUAUGUUUGAUAACACAUUGAGGGGGGGACCCUAUAAAUAUAACCAAGAGGGAUGUUUUUCACUAAGAAUUUAGUAAGACUAUAUAUACAACAAGAACUAUUAUACAACAAGAACUCUUUUUGUUGUUGUUGUUUUUAGAAGAAACCUAAGUGACAUGAAUGAAAAAACAAGGGGAAGCCUUUGGGCUGUUAUAUAGCCUGCAUUCAGUGUUAGGAAAUUAUAGAAAGAAGCUCUAAGCUUCUCACUUGGUAUACAAAGAAUCCAUGUUUGAGGAACAUGAUUGAAUGAAUAAGGUAUUCUAGCAAGAGCUCUUAUUUGUAGACAAAAUGUAGAAAUUUGUGCAUUGUUCAGAGGGAAGUCUUGUGCCAAGAAUAGUGUUUUGACUGGAAAGUUACUACUUGGAAUAUUAGAUGGAAAGUUUCAUGUUAACAUUUUGUGUGUAAUCAUAGAAACAGAUUUUGCUAUUACAUUGAGGGUCUAGGAGCUUUUUAAGAGAAUAUGGAAUAGUAAAUCUGAAUUUAAGAAAAAACUAGCGUAGUAUUGAGUAGGAUAUUUACUGUUGAUCAAGGAUAAUCUCUUUAGAAAAAAUUCGUAAAGGAGAUCAGUAAUUAUAGAAAAUUGAAAGGCUCUUUCCUCGAAAUAUGAGACUGAGUUUUGAAACAGAAAAUGGUACUUAAUAAUGUAGUAUCAGUGUCCAUUGCUACUUACCACUGAAUUAUUGGGCAGUUUGUUUAUAACUUUUUAGGCAAUCACUAUAAAUUGUAAUUGUGGAGAGUCUGGCAGAAUACAUAGCAGAAGUAACAAGAAGAAGGACACAGUUGUAUAUAAACAUCUACUGUAACCUUUAAAGAAGUAUGUUUGGAUAAAGACUUCUUAGAUCCAUGGAGAAACUAACCCAUUUAAUUUAAGUUUAUUAUUAUUAUUAUUUUAAUAUUUGUUUUACAAAUACAAAAGCACUUAUCAUGUUCUAGGCUUCAUUUGAAAUGUUUUUUUUUUAAUUUCCUUAACUCUAUGAAGUAAGCUACCCUAGUUUUACAACCCCCAUUUUAUAAAUGGAUAAACAGAAGCAGAGAUAUUGAGUAACUUACCCAAGUGACACAUGUAGUAAGAUAUGCAGUUGAGAUUAUUUGGCUCCAGAGUUUGUGUUUUUAACCACUGAGUUUUCUUUCUUUUGUUCAGUGUUUUUAUAGUAAAUAUUUGAUAAUAAAAUUCAAGAAAAUUCUAACUAAUGUAAAAAAGUUAUUUGGUUUCUGUUUCCUGAUGAAAUUUUGCUAACAUGUAAACCAAGAGCUCUUUGGAAAAUGAACAACUCUGAUUAGGACAUGGAAACCACUUUUCUGAGUCCUGGGUUCCAUAGAAGUCCACUGCUCACAGCUUUGAGGGUUAUAGAAAGCAAGGCAGUACAAACUUGAGCAAGUGUAAGGACUGUCCCAUGUGGGUUCAGAAAUGCCCCUGAUAAAGCAGAGGCAAAGGUUCUUUGACAUGUUGGAAAUUAGUACCCUCUGAAUUCAUUGUUAGCCUUCUUCUUAUCUUCUUUACAUAAAAGGAUUGCUUGCUAGGAGGGAGGAUUUGGGGAGAGAGUACUGCCAGAGUUCAUCACCUGCAUUGGGGAAGUUUUUUUUUUUUUUUUUUUUUUUUAGGAGAAAUGUGCAAAAGGAAUGUAAGGACUCAGGCAAGGGUCAUUUGUAGAUAUUGGGUAGAAAUUUGGGAUACAUAAAGUCCAUCUAGCUCUCUAGGAUUCAGGACUCCCCCAUCGUGAGAAGUGGUAUCAUACUAGUAUUAAGAUGUGGUGUUCACUUCUGACUCUUACAGCUUCAUGCAACUUGGGAUGUAACAUUUAGUGCCUUUGCAGGGUCUGACAGUCACUUAAUAAAUGUUAUAGGAGAACUUGAUGGCUUUUUAUUGUGAUUUUUGUAAAGACUCUUGGAUAAAAUACUAGUAUGGCCUCUGUAAGAGAGUAAAAAACUAUAUUUAGAAUCAUAU